AUGUCUCGGCUCAAUCAAUCUUGUUGCCGGAAACCGACCUCGGAGAAUGUCUCACUCAAGCAGAGGAUAACGGAUGUUGUCUUGCGCUCCAUUCAAGUUUUUCUCCCAAUUUCAACUCUGUUGGAGUCGACGGAUGUAGGGGAGGAUGGGGCACGGUUAACCUGUGCAGGAGGCUGUUGUUCAACAGGAGGCUGGGGGUAUAAUCGGUUGGUGCGAGGGCGACGCCAGGUGGCAAGCACGCAAUCAUCAUCAUCGACACUUAUUGCGGCGGACGUGUCACUUUCUGAUAUUGCCCAGGUUUCAGUGACGGGUGUUGCAUCUAUAGCUGCAGGUACGAAUGACACAACAACGCAGCUUUCAUCCUUUCCGCAAGGCACCCCAACCUUGGGCAGUGGCACAACACCACGGACUCAGCCCACUCUGGAAAUCUCGUCUACCUUGGCAAGCUCGGCCGCAGGUACGGCGGCCAUGAGCACAAGAUCUAGCACGAUAGCUAUUGUGUCGACGCCCGCCUCUGGCGGUGGUAUACCCGGGAGUGGGCCAAUAACCUCCGCUACUUCUCCGUCGUUGAGUACGGGACUUCAAAUACCAGCCUCGACGACAGGCAGCGUUUCAGCGUCCCCGACUGUUGUUGUUUCUCAGGCGACAACUUCAGUCCUUCCUUUGGUCACAACUCCUGUUUCCAUCUCGCUGACAGCUGUUCCUUCCCCUCCACUGAUAACCUCCGUUACCCCUCUACCAACAACUUCCACUACUCCUGCACAAACGACUUCCCUGACGACGACGACCUCUAGGUUGUCAACAUCUACGACCACCUCCACAUCGUCAACAUCUACGACCACCUUUACGUCGCCAACAUCCACCUCCUUCUCGACCGACAAUCAAUCGAUAACAACUCCCGGACCGGCUUCAACGCCCACGACCAUGUCAGAAUCCAGUACGGCCACGUCGACCCUGUCCAAGGUCGACGGUUUAAGCUCGUCCACCCUUUCCUCACUCACGUCUUCUACGUCCUCAUCUUCUGUCACCGUUUCAAGUAUCCUUUCAACGACCACGCUUUCCACUGUAUCUGAUCCAAAACCAUCAACCAUAACUUCAAGUAAUUCGGUGGCGCCAGUAACCUCACCUCCUCCAUCGCCCGAAUCAAUCACCUCCUUUACUUCGACGUCCUGGAUGUCGACUCCAUUACCUUUGACGAUUUCUUCAGCCCCUCGUAUUUCCACUCUGACCAUCACCACCGUCUGGACCAGCACCUACUUUGGGGGUCAAGUGACUAUAUAUAGCACUGUUGUCGAGACCGGAAUCCUAAGCACAGAUUCACCCAAACCAAAUGGGUUUGCACGUAAUACAGGAGGCAUUAUUGCUGUCGCCAUUUCGGCAACGUUGGUCCUCAUUCUUUUGGUUGUCCUCAUCUUCUUCACGUGCAGAAGAUACCAAUUGCGACAAACCCUUGGUGGGUCGAGCGAAAACUUCCUCACCACCCCUCACUCGGUAUGGAGGCCCCCGCUCGGGGACGACGACGACGAGAAUGACAACCCCUUCUUUGCUGUCUCCGCCCAUCCCCACCAACCUCCACCUGUUGCAGAUCGGCAUAGCGGGGAGAGCGGCGAUCGGAGCACUGGGCCAGUGGGAGGAAGCGCUGAGGGUGUUACAUCCGGCUUUCCCUUGCAGCGAAGUCCGUCGUUUGGAGGGCAGCCAUACAUGCCUGGUCUUGGGCAGACCGUUCAGACUGUGGUGGGCAAUGGGCCCGUGGUGCUCUCUCACAACUAUACAUUGCCUGCAACCACGUCGGCAUCGGGAUUACUCGCUGCUAACACUUCUGCGUCCGCUCUUGACAUUCCAAACCAGGUCGCUGCGCGAAGCGCCACGUCGCUUCCCAUGAAGGAUGCUUCCUCGUCACAAAGCCACGAUCUUGGAUCUUCAUCUUCGGAUCAUGCACCCUUGACAAUAUCAACUGGGAAUCGGGUUUCUCUCCCUGCCCCUCGAGCGUCACCCACUCCAGGUGAAUCGAGGCGGCAUAGUUCAACGCCUUCGACCAGUCUCGCUGAACAUCAGAUCGACAUUGAGAGGAACCUCAGUGUGGGUAGCCAGCGCGGGUUUGGGUUCCUCAAAGGCCUACGGACGAAGCGGAAAAGCUCGGCUCAGAGCAUUUCGACCGUGAAGGGUACCCCACAGGUUGAAUCAUCGCGGGAAUCACUGAACUCUCGUUCCAUGUCGUUCUAUAGAGCGAGUCAGGGUCCGUCUUCGCUGCUCAAUCCUGGACCGCCCCUUGCGCCGCCGUUGCUUCGCUUUCCUCGGGGGGUGACUGGGGAGAGCCAUAAGGAGGGUCCGAUGCCAUCACCUCUUUGGCCGCCUGUGACCUUACCGCCGUCCCCUGCACUAACGGCUAACUCCAGCAUGAUAGAAGGGCUGCUGCAUCCGCGGUUGGGGAUGGCCCUGGCGGACUCCCAUCAGGCGAGUUUAGCGAGUCUGAGAGACAAUGAGGAUUACACGCGGCCUAUCAAUGGGCUUCUCUUAAAUAGUCACCUUCGGAGUACGACAACACUGGAAACUCAAGACACGCCUGGGGGGUCGGAUGCCGUUGGCGUUGCUUCGUGA